AUACAUCAGAAUAUCUAAUCACUAACAUUUUUAUAACAAUUCAUAAUUAUAUUUGUAUGGUCAAUUUGCGAGAAUGGAAUUCCAUUUCAACAUCAACGACAUAUUCAAGGAGCCGAUAACGGAAAUCGAUCAGAACCUGCUCCCCUCAGAUUUCAGAGGUGACAGGAGGCAAGUUUGGGAUGCGAUACAAAAGGUGACGCAGGUAGUGAACGCCAUGGGUGAGGCUUCGGCCGCAGCCCAAGGUUUGAAGAAGCCCAUCACCACGAGCGAUCGCGUCAGGAACUCCAAUAAUAAAUUGUAUUUCAUGGUUGACAGCGCCGCGAAUGGCGGCAAGGGUGCUGUCACUGGAAUGCUGAAGACGGGAAAUAAAGGGUUAUAUGUUUUCGACAAGGAAGGACAAUAUUACCAGGUCAAUCCGAAGUGUGUGCUGGAUUUUUACGUGCCGGAAACCCGCCAAAGAGCCGGUUAUGGGAAGAUGUUGUUUCAACACAUGCUGCAGAAGGAACAAAUCACACCUGAGAAAAUGGCGAUUGACAGGCCCAAUGACAACUUAUUAAAGUUCAUGACCAAACACUACAACUUAAAUGAACCGGUGAAGCAAAAGAACAAUUUUGUUGUGUACAACCAGUUUUUUCCGAAAACGUCUAAAGCUAAUGCUGAAAAUAAAGAGUAUUAUGAGAGAAAAUUGGCGGCGAAUGGGUUGCAGUAUGCCGUCACCACGAAUCCAAGUCUGUAUGCCAUGGAACAGGUAGCACCUACAAAUGCCAAUCAGGAUGAAAUGAUGAACCAAGAAAAUUUGCAAGAUUUUCAGGAGCAUCAACAAGAAAAUUCCCUUCAGCGAGCCCACGUGGUUGAACAAAAUGCCCAACAACAAAAUCAGCAAUAUGUUCACACUAACAUCGAACCUAAACCUGCUCAGGCUCAAAACCAACAAUUUUAUAUUCAAGACAAUCCUCAACAACACUACAUGAAUGUGCAAAAUCCCGGCAAUGAUACUACAAGCUAUCAACAAAAAAUUCAUCAAACUCCACAACAUAUCAACAAUGAAACAUUUUUACAAACAGAUCAGGGACAAAAUCAGCAACAUUAUAAUCAGGACAUUCCUUUAAAUGUACUUCAACAAAAUUAUACAAAUUUAGAAAAUUUAGGUAAUGUUCCAUCAACUUAUCAGCCAGAAAAUCAAUUUAUUUAUGCAGUCAACCCAACUAACAACGCUACAAAUAUUGCUCAAAAUCAACAACCUUAUCCUGCUGCAACUGUUCCUCAACAACAGAACCAAAAACCUUAUGCCACUGCAAGUGUUCCUCAACAAAAUUAUCAACAACAGACAACAACGAGAAAUAUUGCUCAGAACCAACAGUCCUAUCAUACGGCAACUGUCACUCAACAAAAUUAUCAACAACACACUACUACGGGAAAUAUUCCUCAACAACAAUCUUAUCCUACUGCAGCAGUUUCUCAACAAAAUUAUCGACAACAGAAUCAGCAAUUAGUUGCACCUACAGCUAGUGAGACAUUAAAUUAUGCAGAUGUGCCAAUAAGUAACAUUGCACAAGGGCAGAAUCAACAAGUUUAUCAUCAUGAAAACAUGAUGCCUUUACCUCAACAAUCUUAUAUGAAUGUUCAAAAUCCAACAAAUGUUACCAAUUAUCAACAGCAAAAUCAGCAACCUGUUUAUGCUAAUCCUGUCAACACAUCAUCUACUAUUGUUCAACAGCAGCCACAGCUAGUUCAGCAAAAUCAAGGAACUUAUUUACAAGGGAACCUGCCCCAACAAGUCUACACGAACCUCCAGAAUCCCAAUAAUGUUACUACAGAUUAUUACCAACAAAACCAACAAGUUGUCCAAAAUGAUCAAUACUACAAUCAAGUAAAUCCACCACAACUUGUUAACAUACAAAAUCAAGCAACGUUGCGACCAAUUCCAACACAGCAACCAGACCAUCAACGUGUACAUUUCAACGACGUACCUCAGACGCAAUCAGCUCCGGCCUUUAAUAAGCAACAACCUUCGCACCAGCCGGCGCAUCCGAACGUACAAACGGUUCAGUCCCAGCAAAUACCAUCGGGCUACGAUACAACCACAACACAAUCAGUGCCCAACGUCCAAGCAUCCCAAUCGCAGCCCAACACCGCCAACCAAAACGUCGUGGAUUCCGGCGACGAAGGUGACAGAUCUCGUCUUCCGGGCAGGAUUAAUCUAGGAAGUGCGGCACCUUCCCGCGUCUCCUCCAACGUGGGAGUGCCGCCGCAAGCCGCUAGUGCCGAUCCGUCCAGACAUGUGAUGAAUGUGCCUCAACAGUGCCCGAUGCGAGUGCCGGCUACAAGUUCGGGUGAUGGGCAGAGAGCUACGCAAAGGAGCGUGCACACUCUGCCUUCCGUCAACGAGGAUUGUCGCGGGACGUCCGACACUGCAAACAGGAAGGAGACACCUCAAAUUGUUCAGGAAAAUUUCAGGCCGGAUAGAUUGAUGCACGAAGACGGCUCGCUCAGAUUCGGGUACCCGCCCCAAAAAUCUAGAAGAGCAAAUUGACUUAAGAAGUGAUAACAAAAUUGUUGUGUUUGUUUGCAUGUAUAAUUUGGAGCUUAUUAAAUAAAUUGAAUGUGCACUUUUUUAA